AAUAAGAAAACGAAUACUCUUCACGGCAUGGCACCACGGCCUCUUAGACGUCCUACCAGACGGACUCCACGCAACUUCUUUUUUCUCUUACCGUUGAUAUUCGCGUCUGCAUGUAUAUUAGGGUUCUAUAAAGAUUAUCGGAAAGUUACAUAUUUCUUGCGGCCAAUCUGGGAUACGGCACCAGCUCCAUUCACAUUGCUACCUCACUACUAUGCAGAAAAUGUAAGCAUGGAUCAUCUCUGCCGCCUUCAUGGCUGGUCCGUGCGUGCCACCCCACGUCGUAUAUUUGAUGCCAUCAUCUUCAGCAAUGAGCUAGACUUGCUUGAUAUCAGGUGGCAUGAACUUGAUCCAUAUGUCACAAAAUUUGUAAUCAUCGAGGGAAAUACUACUUUCACUGGAAUGCCAAAACCUCUCUUCUUUGCUUUAAACCGGAACAGCUUUGCCUUUGCUGAGGAAAAGGUUGUCCAUUAUGUCUUUCCUGGCAUAGCUCAAAGCGGAGAUUCACAUGCAAACCCCUUCAAAUAUGAGAGAAUGCAACGUGCAGCUAUGGAUGAGUUACUUCGGCAGGCAGGGAUUUCAAAUGGCGAUAUACUGAUCAUGGCGGAUACCGAUGAGAUCCCUAGCACAAAGACAUUGAAACUUCUGCAAUGGUGUGAUGGGAUCCCUUCUAAAUUGCACCUUGAGAUGAAACAUUACCUGUACUCAUUUGAGUUCCCAAUGGACAGCAUCUGGAAGACUGCAGCUAUUAUGUACAACCAAAAUACCAGAUAUAUGCAUUCGAGGCAAACUGAUGAGCUGCUCGCUGAUGGGGGAUGGCAUUGUAGUUUUUGCUUUCGACACAUCGAGGAGUUUGUGUUCAAGAUGAGUGCUUAUAGCCACGCAGACCGUGUGUGGCGCAGGGACUUUUUGGAUUACGGAAGGAUACAAAAGCUAAUUUGCCAAGGAGACGAUCUUUUUGAUAUGUUGCCUGAAGGGUACACAUUCAAGGAAGUGAUAAGCAAGAUGGGAUCGAUUCCCAAAUCAGCUUCUGCAAUUAACCUUCCAGCUUAUUUGAUAAAGAAUGCUGACAAGUUCAGGUACCUUCUUCCUGGAGGCUGUACCAGAGAGACGUACAGCUAGUAGAUAUUUCAACUUUUCAAAGGAAACUAGCUAGUUAUUAACUAUGGUCUUUAGUGAC